GAAAGGGAGCAAGAGGAGGAAAAAUCAUCUUCAGCCGGAGCCUGGCUGGGUGUGUCUCCUGCCCCCCCCCCGGCAGCCGUGCCUGGGAGGGCUCAGCUGUCAAACCCACCCCGGGAAGGAGGCCUGAUACGCUAAUUCAUAUUCUGAACUAGUGACCCUGCUUCUCCUGCCCCCCCGCCCGUCUCCCCGUGGAUGGCUGCAGCCCCCUCCAGCUGAGCCCGGCCCCCUCCCCGCAGCACUGCAGCACCCGCAGCUCCUGCAGCACCCGCUCGCUCCGCCGCAGCAGCAGCAUGGCCAGCACCGUCUCAGCCUACAAGGAGAAAAUGAAGGAGCUGUCUCUGCUCUCCCUCAUCUGCUCCUGUUUCCACACCCAGCCGCAUCCCAACACCAUCUACCAGUAUGGAGAUAUGGAGGUGAAGCAGCUGGAUAAGAGGGCAUCGGGCCAGAGCUUCGAAGUGAUCCUGAAGUCUCCUUCAGAUUUAUCUCCUGAGAGCCCCAUCCUCUCCUCCCCUCCCAAGAAGAAGGACCUGUCCCUGGAGGAGCUGCAGAGGAGGCUGGAGGCUGCAGAGGAGCGGAGGAAGACCCAGGAGGCGCAGGUGCUGAAGCAGCUGGCGGAGAAGCGGGAACACGAGCGGGAGGUGCUGCACAAGGCGCUGGAGGAGAACAACAACUUCAGCCGCCUGGCCGAGGAGAAGCUCAACUACAAGAUGGAGCUGAGCAGGGAGAUCCGCGAAGCACAUCUGGCUGCCCUGAGGGAGCGGCUCCGCGAGAAGGAACUGCACGCAGCUGAGGUUCGCAGGAACAAGGAACAGCGGGAGGAGAUCUCCGGAUAAAGGGCUUUUCUACACAUCUGGCACCUGAUUCCUGUUAACAAACCAACCAAUCGACCACCCAACACAUUUCUUUUGUUUGUCUAGAUGCAACAUUCCGUUCUCCAUCCCCCCGGUCCUCUGGUGUUCGUCCCCCAGCUACACGCUUCUCUAUCUCUGCAUCCUUAAUCGUCAGUCCUUGUGGGGAUUCACAGCUCAUAGGGCCCUCUAAGCAGAAUAGCAACUAGUUCACAUGAAAUAGAGAAUCAAUCAGUCAGUCCAACAGCUUCUUUGGAGGGUUUCUUCCUUUUUUUUUUUUUUUUUAAUAUUUCUUAAACUGAUGUAAAAAAAAAUAAUUAAGAUAUUAAUAAAUUCAACCAGCAGUGUCACGGAGAUACAGAUUUCUUAUCCGGAGCUUUUACUCCUCUUGGUGUUUGCUCUGAGCCAAAUAUCAGUUUCAGAAUAAUGGGAAGGAAGUGGAAAUUUCUGUGUGAAGUGGAAUAGGGAACAGCCCCAGUUUGCCGGUGGCAGGAGAGAGGGGACACGGGUGGCUCAGCGGUCACGGCGUGCAGACCUCCUGUCUCUUGGCUGCACCUGGAGCCAGCUCAGGCAGCGCCCCAAACUCCUCAUUUUUGGAUGAUUGUUUGAUAGAUUUUGUGAAAGUAGAGGAGGGUCUCCACCCAGAGCUCAGUGCUGGAGGGUCCCCAGUAAGAAAGCAAAUCCCAUAGAGAUAAUGCAUGAUUGUGGAACAGCCUUGUAGUGGACAGAAUAAUCCUCUUUCCCUCUUUCCAAAGAUGGAUGUGGCUCUUGGGUGCCGGCACAGGGCAGAGACGGAGGCUGGAGCUGGCAGAGGAGCCCCGGAGCUCCUGGCAGGGAGGACAUGCCAGCUGCUGCCUGCGAUGUCCCCAUGCUCGUUCCUUGGCUACCCUUAGCUUUCCAAGGCCUAUUUUUAAGAAAAAAUCACGUCUCUUGAUGGAGGUCGGGAUGAGCAGAGAACAGGCGAGCAUGGCAGUACUGUCUGAUCUGGAUGGGUGACUGUCACAGCCUGUGGACAUGUCAGCUUCUAAUGUCACGGCUGAUGGAGCAGCCAAGGUCCUGGUGGCCACCACGCCCUGUGAGGGGCUGUCACCCGCCGGUUACAUCCACAGCCCCGCUCACCUCUGCCUUGGAAAACUAAGUGGAAAAGUUGCGUCUGGAAAGCAGGGAAUGGGCACCUUCCUGCAAACAGGGGACACAGCACAGAGGAGUCACCCCGGAGCACGGUCCUGCAGACGGGUGGUGGAAGCUGCUGUCGUUAGAAGCAGAAGGUAACAAGAACUCCCUUCUGUCCAGUGCUUAGACAUGACCAGGUGGUUAUUUUUCUAACGGGCCAGUGUGGUGUUUUGGGGACAAGGCACAGGGUGCUGGGUGGUUUUUGGCACCUCUCCCCCUUGGACCCUGGAAUAAACCAAAGGGGCAUCCAGGGCACCAAGACAUUUCAUUAGUGGCAAUUAGUGUCCUCUGCAUGCUGUGUCUCCAAAGAGCCAUUCUGGGAUGAGUGACUCCAGCGAUGGAUUUGGCAGGAUUCUUUAUCUAUAUAAUUUAAGUGCAUGGGGGUGCAGACAGGCUGCCCGGACCAUGCUCUGCAUGGUGAUGGCAGAGCUGGAGCAGACGAGGGGUUUUCAUGGGGAAUAUCGAUGCUCUUGCCUCUGGCAAAGAAAUCACUGCUGAGGCUUGUCAGAAGACAUAGUUUUCUGCCUAACCUGUGCUUUAAUUCAGUUGCUGAUGGCUUGGAGUGAGCACCAGGCGGUUGCAGAAACCCCCUGGAAAGCCAAAGAGCAGCAGCUGCUGGAGAUCAGAUCCUGGGGCUCUUUGCUCGUCUCCCCAGAAGUCCCGGCUGGAUUUGGGAGAAAUCCCUCGGUGGCCACGGGCUGGUGUUGGGGACACUCUGCUCCCCAAAGGACAGGCCACAUUUACUCCCAGACCCCUCUGCCUGGGCUGGGCGGGGAAAGGACUGUUAGAAAAGCCCCAGAGCGCUGUCAAUGACAAAAAAAUAAAUUAUACAAAUAUUUAGGGUAAAGAGCAUAAAGGAAACUGAGGGUUGAAUUUCUUAACGGUAGCUAAUGAUCAGUUUUUAGUAGCAGCUGUCUUAGAUAAGCAUCUGUGUAGAGCGCAGCAUCACCGCCAGCAUCACCCCAUCCAUAUAGUGACGAGAAAUUUUAAAAAGUUAAAAAAAAAAAUUUAAAAGUAAUUUAAAUGAAAUGUUUGUGCGUAAGAAAUGGUUGAAACUGUCAAAUGUCUGUGUCCCGCGUUGGUGGGAUCUGAGAAGGUAUCUGCGAGAUAUUAACCCUGUCCUGCUCUCUGUGGUGCUGAGUGUUUGCUUGGUGUGUAAUUCUGACCUGGAGCUUGUUGUAAAUACUGUUUUUAGUACUAUGAUUAUGAUUAUUAUUAUUAUCAGAAAUGUUGUACUGAUGAGCAGGAGUUUAAAACAAGAGAAAUGACCGUUUUCGCUCUCUCCUGGGGGCUCGAAGGAGCCGGCGGCCGGGCUGGGUGCAGGCAGGGUGCGGGCUGGGUGCAGGCAGGGUGCGGGCUGGGUGGGAUGCUGGACCAGAGGGGCAAAUCCAGCUGGGAAAUGGGGAAGCAGGAGCUGGAGGCAGCCAAGUCCUGCAGGCAGGGCGGCGAGCGGGGGACGCUGCUCCUCGUUUCGGGCCGAGGGGUGUCCCGGGGUGAUGCUGCAGUUCUGGUACCGAGAAUUCGCUGUGAACCCCAGGCUCCUCGUGCAAGGGCUCCGGGCUGUUCCCCGCAGCAGCUGUGAGGUUUGGCGUGUGCUGAGGGUCGGUGGCAGGUUGUGCCGGUCGGAGCCGUCCUCCCCAAGCAGCUGCCGAGGCUCUGGACGCGGCUCCUGCCUGGAUCUUCCAUCUCGGUCCAUUGUGCUCCCCCUCCCCGCAGACCAGCCUGGAUCUCAGGUGGGGGUUUGUUCUUGCAAUAGCUUUGCCUGGCAAAAAAACAACCCGCAGGAGAACAGCCCAGCGCACAGCGCUCACGCAGGUGUGAGCACCAGGAAACUCAUUAUUCUCCCCAUUGGGUCGGUGCUGUGAGGGCAGCAGAGGCAGCUGGAAAACGUGUCACUGCAGGGGCAGCUCCCGCGGCGGGGAUGUGCAGGGAGGGUUUUGCACCGGUAGUGCCUGGUACCCGUGGCCGAGGUGCGUUGUGCCGUGGGAACGGCCUCACCCCUGCAGUCGGGUGCUUUGGGUGCAGCAGCGUGAGCUUUGCCCGGCACAGGUGAAUGCAGCAGGGACGUUCAGGAGCUUGGCGUUUGUCCAGUGCCACUGCACGCUGUGCUUGCUUUGGCUGCUUGUCCCGGCUCCUGUGGUUUCGGCUGGACAAGGGGUGUCCCCCUGCUCACCCCCAAACGCACAGCACGGCCUGGGAUCACUGUUAUUUCAUGCCUUUCCAUGUCCCAGGGUUGCUAGUGGUUCUGUGCAUCAGCAUACUUAAUGCCUCAAUCAAGACUAAUUGAGUAUCCUCAUUAACAUCCUUACCCUCCCAGUCUCCCUCAUUCUUGGACCCUGUUCCCAGGGCCACCUUCCCUGUGGCAGAGCUUGAGGUUCUCCAUGGAUUCCCAUAGAUAGUUAUUAAUCAAGAUUUGUAACCACUGUUUGCAGCCCUGCUUUUGCAGCAGCAGGUGAGCGUGGGACUUGGUGCCUGGCAGGGACAGCAUCUGCAGGGCAGCGGCAGCUGCAGCAUCUGCAGUCGUGUGAGGGAGGGAAGAUGAGAUGGUGGUAACUUAUUUUGUGCAUGCGUACACCUUUCAAAGAGCUCUCCUGGAGAAGGGGCCUCUGAUCUGAGCGAGAAUCUAAAGCCAAAUGAGUUUCCAGCUGGCAGCGGUGAGCAAAGCUGCAUGAGAGCCAGGACAACCAGCCUCAGGUCCCAAAUUAAAGCUCUGUGCUCACCUUGCCCCUUACAGCAAAGUGCUCAGCUCCACCUGGAAACUGGUGCCUUCGGGAAUGCUGGCCGCUCAGGCUGCUUCUGGACUCAGUCUAUUUCUUGUCUUAUUGAGUCAUUAAAAAACCUCGCUCUAGCCCAAACAUGGGGUUACCUUUGCAGUGACCCCCCCGGGAUGGUGGCAGCUCACCAUUGCGUGUAUCCCACCUUUGGGAUAGAUCAGUAUUGCUGUUCCUUCUAUAAAAUGCAAAGUUCAGCCUGCUUGCUUUUGCUCAGGCCAGUGUGAGCCUGGGCCUGGCUCUGCAAAGCCGGUCUCAUGGGGUUUGUCAGAUCACAUCCUGCUGUGUUGUUCCGUCCCUCGCGGUGGCUGCGCACACAAGCGCAUCCGCGGAAGCGCUAAAUGCACAGACACCCUCGCACCGCCCGGGAUGAGCCAGGGAACGGCCGUUACGGUUCUAGAGGUUUCUCCCAUCUGUGCCAGGGAUGAGAGCACAGUGAGACCAAUAAACUCCACCUUUGUAGCCAGUGUCUUUAAGCAAAGCAGAAGAGGGGCCAGCGCCUGUGUUCGGGUGCUCCGCGGUCCCCGGGGUGCAGGAUGCAGCUGCCCCCCCACCAUGGGUGCAAUGGGACCUGAGAGUGGAGGACAGCCGGGCAUCCCCUCCCCGGCAUCCCCUCGUGCCUCAGUUUCCCCCUCCUUGUGACAAGGGGACACUGAUGCUCCCCACCCCAAGGGGACCAACGCACCCCCAUCUCUAAAACACUCAGAAAAUGGAAAGUACCAAAGUCCUGAGUCGUGGGACCCCCGGCCACCCUGGGGGGAACAAACGGAGGUUUGGGAGAUGCUGUAACCUGGGGCUCAGCACCCACAGGAUUCACUCCCUGCCCACAGCCGAAUCGCUGCUACUGCGGGUUGGGAGGGACUUUCCAUCAAUACCAGAGCCCCGGCCGCUGCCCUUCGGUCUCCCACGCGCGUUUCAUUGUCAACUCGAGGUUGUUGUUGUGCAAAAGAAGUGAUUAUGGAAAAAAAAAAAGAAAAAAAAAAGAAAUAAACUUGGUAUGAAACCAUA